AUAUAUUUGGCGGGGUUGGGCGCGAUAUCGGAGCAGUCCGCGGCUGCAGCAGCGCUCCGCGCAACGACAAAGCCACCCCGGUUGGCCAGCCGCGCGCGGCCUGAGUGCUUAGCAAGGAAGGCUAGCUGCAACACCUGGCUUGCUCGCCGCAGCAGCUCCUUGUCGACAGGCUGCAGAAGGCACAGAGCGCUAACAGACUUCACCAAACGUGGCCGGCUUGUGGAAAACGUAUGCUGGAGCAUAGCGCCGCACGAGAUUAGGUUUAGCGGUAAAGGGCUGCUGUGAAAGCCUGAGGAGCGUCAAGACCCGGCGGAUGGGUGCUUGAGAAAGCGGACCCAGACGCGCAAGGGCCAAUUCUCCAACCUCAUAAGUUGUCACAACGGAUACACAGGCAUACAUGCACUGGAUAUAUACCUGGCAGCACCUUGCCACACAGAGCCCAGAGCACUACUGCAAGUUCUCGACCGCAACGCCUCGUUUCGUGGCCGCGGAACAGGCUGCUGCUUGUGUUUACGUUCUGCUUGGAAGCACAGCAGUAACAGCAUAAGUUGUUGCCUUGCCAAGCGCACGUACAGCGCUGACCGGCCUUGACCACGGAGAACGCAUUCUGCGCGUGAGUUUGUCCGGCGAGCCAUUGCCAUAAAAUUGGCACAAGAUAUGAAGCGUACUGAAGCAGAGGAGGCCAUGGCAACGCCGCCGGGAGCCACCCCGGACGACCGCGACGCCAUGCACACAGACUGUGGCUGCUAUGGGCCUUCUGACGAGCAGGCGGAUACCGAGAGCGAGGAGUUCGAGUGGGCUGAUGAACUGCUGGAUGGCCAAAUAGAUGACGGGCUCGAGGCACUGCCUCAUGAUGACGGCUCGGCUGCCGUCGGCACAGACGGGGAAGAGAGCUUCAAUCGUGCCCUACCCGCCGAAAGGCAGAGCCCGCACCCGCCAACUGCUGCGAUGUUUGCUGAUGAGGCUGUGGGUGCUAAGGUGUCCAUGAUCUGCAGCGACGCACCGCCCAGCAGCCCGGCGGCAUCAUCAUCAUCAUCAUGCGCAUCGCUGGACUCGUGGUACCGCUGCCAUGUGCCCACCGCCCAGCCGUCCCAGGGAGCAACCCCGGACGGGCUCGACGCCAUGCACACAUGCUCUGGUAGCUGCGAGACUUCUGGCAAGCAGUGCGCGCUUGUGCUGAGCGGCGUUCCGCCCGGCAUUCACGCUCACUACGCUCGCUCGCUACCCUCGUACGUGUGCAUGUACACGCAGGCGGAUACCAUGAGCGAGGACACGAUUGCUGAAAUCGACGACGCCCUCAUGCGUGGCUUGCCAGGUUUGGACGACACCGCUUUCUGGCUCACGGUCGAGGAGCUGCCUAGUGAUGACGGCUCGGCUGCCAUCGGCACGGACGGGGAAGAGAGCUUCAAUCGUGCCCUAGGUGCCCUACCCGCCGAAAGGCAGAGCCCACCCUCGCCACCUGCUGCGAUGUUUGCUGAUGAGGCUGUGGGUGCCAAGGUGUCCAUGAUCUGCAGCGACGCACCACCCAGCAGCCCGGCGGCAUCAUCAUGCGCAUCGCUGGACUCGUGGUACCGCGGCUGCUUGCUGGCCGCGACCGGCGAGCCGGCGGCGGACGCCAGCGUCGUGGUGAGCCAGGCGGACGGCGUCGGCGACACGGCGACCAGUGCCAACACCAACAGUGGCGACCAGGAGGCACACACCAGCGCGCAGGCCGCCGUCAGCGACGACAUGGAGCUGGACCCCAUCCCCAUGGCGUACCUGCAGCAGCCCUCGUUCGACGGCUGGCCGCACGCCAGCGGCGCGGCGGCCAUUGAGGAGGCGCAGCCCGCCGCCGCCGCCGCCGCCGCCGCCGCGGGCACCGGCGGUGUUCCCUGCUACCCCGUCGCUACGUCGGAGCCGUCCGCAGAGGCGGCGGCGGCGGCGGUGGCGGCGGCGGCGUCCACCUUCCCCAGCUGCUCGGCUGAGUCAGCGCUAGCAGUUGCGGGAGGUUCCUGCAGCGGCGGCGGCCUCCUACUGUUCGGCGGCAGCAGCGACGUCACUCUGGCGCCGCACGCAGCGGCCGCCAGCAGUAGCGACAUCGGGAUCGCGAAAAAGCCGCAGUCGAUUGACAAGGACUUGGCUGCAAGCCACGACAAGCUGCAGCAGCUUGCGGAGGGUACGGUGUUGUGGAACCACAUUGGGAGCAUGGUGCACGUCCUGCCACCCCACUUCCGUGUGAUGGCGGGCAUGGUCAGCGCGCAGCUGCUAGAGGGCAACCAGGCGAACGCCGUGUUGGCCAGCCGGGAGAUCCAGCAGCAGGUGCUGGCGGCGCACCGGCUGGCCAAGGACCUCGCGGCGGCUACAAGUCUGCUGCAAACGCAGGCGCUGUGGAAGCUCCUGAUAACCCUGAUGACCAGCAGGAACCUGGUCGGAAGUCUGCCGGCCGCCAGCGCCACUGCUGCCGCAGCCUCCGCGUCGGCGGCGUGCCCGGCGGAGAGCGCUGCUGUCGCCUGCGACGAGGCCGGCUCACCGGACUCGGAGGCCACCGCGCCGCCGUCCGGCGGCGUGCUGGCAGCGGCGCAGCAGCGUGCGGCGGGCCGGAAGCGGAAGGCGCCCAGCAGCGGCGCCGCCGACAAGGCGGCGCUGCCGCCCCCUAUGGAGGUUGUGGCUGCAGCGGACGAGACGGAAGAGGAGGUGGCGCCGCCUGCUGCCAAGCGGCCCCGGAUUGAGGCUAGCAGCAUGGUGACGCAGCGGCCCGCGCCUCAGCAGCUUCUGGCUGGCACGCAGCAGCAGCAGGCGCUGCUGCCGGUGCAGCAGGCGCCCGAGCUGCAGCAGCAGCAGCAACAGCACCCGUCGCACCAGCACCCACCGCAUCUGCACCACCAGCAGCAGAAGGCCCUGGAGCGGGGCAGGCCGCAGGCAGGGCCAUUCCGGGUCAUAUUUGCAUGCCCAUGUGGCAAGGAGCUGCGCGACCACAUGGCCACCGUUUCGGCGAAGGGCUCAGUGACCGUUAGCCACGUGUGCGGGGGCAACCGCUACGAGCGCAACAUCAGGCUGGCCAAGGCCGAGGAGGAGAUGCGCAAGCACGGCGUGAUCCAGCUGUAUGAGCAGUGAGCAGUGCGCAAGCGAUGUUAGAGCAUCUUGACUGUGGACUGCAAGCCAGGCAUGCAAAAACACCCCCGAGCAAGUAGGCCUCAAGUCCUUGCGAAGAAUUCCAUCCAACAAAUGAUUCAGACGCACUAAGCGACAUGGGCAUAUACUUAGCUUGCAAGAGGCUUGAGGUCAGCGACGAAGACGACCGCUUUGACCAAGUUGUAGCCAGCUCCACAGGUCGUUCACAAGCACGGAGCGUAUCUACAUUUGGUUAUCACAACUUCCUACAUAGCUUGGAAUAUUAAAGAACCAUCCAGAUCAAGGCAGCGUCCGGCAGAGCGUCGGGGGUAAUGAUAAAGGCUCGCCCAAUUAUUGCUUGACUGCAUAUAUGUAUUUACAGGGACAUGUUGAAGUAAAUAUGUUGAAGAAUACAGUAGUGUGCAGCAAGUGGACUCCGUCUGGGACUUAGUAGCUCGGUACUGCUGAGUCCCAUGCAGCACGCCGAUGAGGCACGCGGAAGGGCAACACCCAUGCAGCCUACUUUGUUUCCCGCGCAUGGCAUGCAUGCCAUCCUUGCCGGAGUGUCUGGUGCCUUCCCAUGACGCCAGCGCUGCGUUGAGGAUGGAGCAGCCUCGCACUGGCGGUGGUGUAGGGGGGCGUGUGGCGUGUGCUGUGUGGUGGUCAGCAGUAGUGGCGGGUUUUAGGGUCUGUGCAUAUGCAGGGGAGGCAAGCCAUCACCCUCCAGCGUUCAUAGAUAGCUGGUUAUAGCCUA